AUGUCCUCCGAAGACCCGCCCCACCUCCCCCUCCCCGCCUCCUACUCCACCCUCCCCUGGCAAGAGAUCCGCGUCACCCACGUCCCAGAAUCGUCGAAAGACGUCACGCCCGUGGUGGUGGUGACGCUCUACCGCCCCAAAAACUACAAUGCCUUUACCAACGUCAUCAUGCGGGAGCUGGAGACGGCUUUCCAGCUCUUCGACCUCGACGAUCGCGUCAAGUGUAUUGUCCUGACGGGACAUGGCAAGAUGUUCUGCGCCGGUGCUGAUUUGGUAAGGAGUUCGGACAUCGGCUUCACACACCACAAAGAACCCCUUCGAGAACAUCGGGAUGGCGGCGGCCGGGUAUCUCUCGCAAUCCAUCGCUGUCGGAAACCGACGAUUGGUGCUAUUCAAGGCAGUGCAGUCGGAGUGGGGAUUACAAUGACCCUACCAUUGACCAUCCGCAUCGCGUACGAAAGGGCAAAAAUCGGCUUCGUCUUUGCGCGAAGGGGAAUCAUCAUGGAGGGAUGCAGUAGUUAUUUCCUGCCAAAACUGCUUGGAAUGGGCAAAGCCCUGCACCUCGUCACCACCGGCAGCGUCUACCCCGCCGACCACCCUCUCCUCAACGGCCUCUUCUCCGAACUCCUCCCCAGCCCGGAACAAGUACUCCCGCGCGCCCUCGAGCUCGCCGCCGAAAUCGCCCACAACACCUCCACCGUCUCCACCAACCUCAUGCGCGAACUCAUGUACCGCAACCCCGGCACGGCAGAGGGCACGCACCUGCUCGACAGCCACGUCAUCUACGGCUUGUUUGGCAGCAAGGAUAAUAACGAGGGCGUUGCUUCUUUCAUGGAGAAGCGCGCGGCCAAGUUCGAGGCUUCGAUGUUGAAUGAUGCGCCGACUGCUUAUCCAUGGUGGGAGGCGGUCGAUGUUUCCGCGAGGGCUAAGGCGGAGGGGCAGAUUGGGAAGCCGAAGUUAUGA